AUGAAUGGGGAUAUCAAUGGUCUGCUAGAUGAGGGUCGUGCUAUCCAAAAACGCAAAGUCAGACAAUCUAAGCAGCGGUCAUCUGAUGAUACUGCGCGAGUUUUCGCAAAGUUGAUGAUGCAGGGUAAAGUGAGAGCAGCACUUCGGAUAAUAUCGAAAGACGAUAGAGGAUGUCUGACGUUAGAUAGCUGUGUUGCCCCUGACAAUCCCAAGACCGUCAGACAAGUCCUUUUAGAGAAGCAUCCACCUAAUAUACCACCUGUUCAAUCGGCGAUACUAAAUGGGGAUUGCAACAUGGAACCACACCCAGUUAUUUUUGAUAGGAUUGAUGGAGAGUUGAUACAGAAUACGGCCAUUAAAACAGAAGGAGCCGCAGGGCCAUCUGGUCUUGAUGCAAUGGCCUGGCGACGACUCUGUACAUCUUUUAAAUCAUGUUCAGUUGGUCUAUGUGAUGCUUUAGCCGCAGUUGCUAGAAGAAUCUGCACUGCUAUGCAUCAAGUGUUUGAAGAUAAGGAUGCGGAUGGUGUUAUUCUUGUUGAUGCUACCAAUGCUUUUAACUGCUUAAACCGUCAAACUGCCUUAUUAAUAUCAAGCAUCUUUGCCCAGCACUAUCGAAGGUGUUAA